AUGAUCACCUUUGUGAUUGCUACCGUAUUCUGCUCACUGAUGGCAAAAAUCAUGGUCACUAGAUACUUUUUUGAUUAUCCAGUUGUUAUCCUAAUGAUGCAAUCUGCUGCUACUCUAUUCUUCAUUGAAGUUGCCAGGGUCCUCGGUAUUCUUAAAGUUGCUCCAUAUUGUUUUGAAAAGGGACGUCACAUUGUGAUUCCUUCAAUUCUGUAUACAAUCUCACAGUGGAUUACUGUAGCUUCAUUUGAAGGUAUAGCAAUGCCAAACUUUGAUUCUGUUAAAAGAUUCACUCCAAUUCUGAUUCUGAUUGGAUUGGCUGCUCGAAGCAGACAACAAAAGGUUGAUCAAAACAGAACAUUUAUUAUCAUCGGAUUGUCGAUUGCCUCGGCAUUCGCCGUGAAUCUGGAUUUUUCUGUCGACAGAUAUUCUUUGAUGUAUGGAAUGGUUGGAGCAGUUCUGCAAGCAACUGCUCUUAUUCUAUUCGAGGAACAUCUUCAAACUUAUAAUUACACAGAGGUUCUUUACAUGCAUUCGUUCAAUUCUCUCGUUUUCUAUCUUCUUGCUGAUAUGGUCAGAGAUGAGCUUCGUGACGCCUUCAUGUACAUGAUAACCUCCGCCCACCCACUUUUCAUCAUUGUUUUUGCGAUCUCAAUGCUUUCUGGAGUCCUUUUCCAUUUCACUGCUUUCUCCUGUCUCGAGAAAAAUGGAUCGUUGAAUAUGCAAAUUGUCUCGAAUAUUCGCGCAGUUUUGGAGACAUUCUUUGCUUACUAUCUGUCGAUUUAUCUAUUCUACGAUGUCUAUCCAGGAGUCUUGAACUGGGCAUUCCUUGCAAUCACUCUUGUAGCAGCGAGAGCUCUAAUCACUCGCGAUACUGAACCGGAAAUCGUUAAAGGACCAUGGAUGACAAAGGCCUAA